CGGUACACAUAUAUCUUCAAUUUAUUGUUAUUUAUGUAUUUAUUUAUUUUAUUAUUGCAAUAACUAGAAAUUUACGAGUAACCUUUAGAAAAUGUAUUUAAAGAUGGCAAUAAUUUUGUUACGUAGAACGGAUCGCAUUGUUUUGGCAACAGCAACAGAGAACUUGUAUCAACAAUUCAAAAGUUUCAACCGCUUUUUCACUUCUCUGUUUCUGUUUGUUUGAGCAUAUAAAUAUUUAUUAAAACAACGACUGGCUUUGUGACUUGGACCUGUACCGAUCCCGUAUACCUACUUAAGACCUACGCUUUCCUGAAGGACUGUGACGUUUUGUGUUUUGGCUUUGAUACGAAUUUUCAAUAUCGAAAGUGACAAUGGAGAAUAUAGAGAGAGUUCUAACUUCAAUAGAAAACAUUGAAACGUUAGGAACUGCAGCCGAUAUGAAUCCCCGUAUGCCUAAGCUAUAUGUUCGGAACGAAUACAACCAAAAUCCUUUCGAGCUGUACAGUGAGAAUGAAUUUAAAAGAAGGUACCGUUUUUUUAAACACACGGUACUAAAUGUGAUCCUGCCACUGAUAAUUACAAACUUACAACCUUUUAAUAACAGAGGAUUGCCAAUUCUACCGCAAUUGCAAAUACUUAUUGCAUUAAGGUUUUAUGCAACUGGAUGUUUUCAGAUGGUGUGUGGUGAUUUGAACAGCAUAAGCCAAUCUUCAGUGUGCUUAAUUGUAAAUAAAGUUUCCGCAGAGUUGAGUAAAUUACUUCCUAGAUUUGUGAAUUUUCCAAGAAAUAUGACCACAGUCAAAAGGAAGUUUGAAGAAUUAGGAAAAUCUAAUACGCACCAUGGCCUAAAUAAUAUAAUCGGAGCUAUUGACUGUACCCACAUUAAAAUUAAUAGACCCAGAGGUAUCACCCACUCUGAAGCAUACAGGAAUAGAAAAGGGUAUUUUUCUGUAAAUGUGCAAGCUAUAAUAGGGCCUGAUCUCGAAAUAUUUGAUAUAGUGACUAGGUGGCCUGGAAGUUCACACGACAGCAGGAUAUUUAGAAACAGCCAGGCGUAUGCAAGACUGGUAAAUGGUGAACUAGAAGGAGUUUUAGUAGGUGACAGCGGCUAUCCAGCACUGAACUUCAUGUUAACACCACUUUUGAAUCCACAAACAAGAGCUGACAAUAAUUAUAAUUAUUCUCAAUUGAGAACUAGGAAUAUUGUUGAAAGGUUUUUCGGAGUGUGGAAAAAGAAAUUUCCAUGUUUGCAGAGAGGACUACGAUCAAAAUUGACAAAUACCAGCAACAUAAUUAUAGCUUGUGCUGUAUUACAUAAUAUAGGUAUACAGAGAGGGGAUGUUUAUGACGAUGGUGAUUUUACUGAUCAAACACCAGAAGUCGAACAACACAGAAACAAUGAAAGAUCUACUACAGGUCUAGCAUUCCGGCAAUCUGUGAUUGCACAAUUUAACUAGGUUGGUUUGGUAAUAAAGAAAAUUAAAACAAAAA